CGGAACUGGUUCGGAUGCAAUCAUCAGACCAUCAGACCAGACGGUGCAGAGGAUCCGCUAGUCUACUUCCGGUUAGUCAGAGGCGGGUCCCGGUCCAGGAAAUCCCGUGCCGAACUGGUAAUUACGGGGAAUUACCGUCACAGGGUGGUCAAUAUCGCAUUCUCAUUGGUUAACUCCGGUAAAAUAGCUCCCAAGCGCGGUUUGCUUACGGGGCGAUUCAGGCUUGGCAAGUGUUAGUCAGCAAUCCCUCCACCCCCGUAUCCUUUUUCUUUUAUCUCCCAUUAUUUCUUCAUCUUCUUCACGACUUCAACAACAACGAAUUGCUGCGGACACGACAAUCACGCUGCUGGGCAUAUAAUAAUAGGAAACAUCCCUUCUUCCCUAGGAUAUUUUUGUGUCUAGCAAACACCAUUUCUAAUAGAUACUGGUCACGACUUCAAAAUGAAUUCCACACUCCUUUCUCCUCCCCAGGAGACCUACUGGGGCCAAUUCGAGGAAAUCUCAAAGUACAAUGUCCACCUUAAUUUCGCAGAGCGAAUGUGGGCUGCCUGGUAUGCCUUCAUGCAAAACGAUGUCCUCGCCACGGGCAUCAUGUCCUUUGCCAUGCACGAGAUUGUCUACUUUGGACGCGCCCUCCCCUAUAUCAUCAUGGACCAAAUACCCUACUUCCACAAAUAUAAGAUCCAAAGGGACAAAAUGCCCACUCUGAAGGAACAAUGGGAUUGCGCCAAACUCGUCCUCCUCAGUCAUUUCACCGUUGAACUCCCACAAAUCUGGUUAUUCCACCCCAUGGCUCAAUACUUCGGUCUCGAAACCAGCGUCCCCUUCCCCUCCCCGUGGACCAUGGCCUACCAAAUCGCAAUCUUCUUCGUUCUUGAAGAUGCCUGGCACUACUGGUCGCACCGCGCCCUGCACUGGGGCCCUCUGUACCGCGGUAUCCACAAGAUCCACCACCAAUACUCUGCUCCCUUCGGCCUUGCCGCUGAAUACGCCUCACCCAUCGAAGUCAUGAUCCUCGGCAUCGGCACUGUCAGCUCGCCCAUCCUCUGGUGCGCCAUCACCGGCGACCUGCACAUCCUCACCAUGUACGUCUGGAUCAUCCUGCGUCUGUUCCAGGCCAUCGAUGCGCAUAGCGGAUACGAGUUCCCCUGGAGUCUUCAUCAUUUCCUGCCCAUCUGGGCCGGCGCGGAUCAUCAUGACGUCCACCAUGAGAAGUUCAUUGGCAACUUUGCGAGCAGCUUCCGCUGGUGGGAUUACUGCCUUGACACGGAGUAUACGCCCGAGGCUGUGAAGAGGUGGAGAGAGAAGAAGAUUGCACAGUCGGCGAAGAAGGCGCAAUAGUUCUUCCCAGUUGACGUCUGUUUACUCUUUCUUCCGUCUUCCUAGUUCUGGCGCGCAGAGAUGUUAAGUGUGACUGAGCUGUUUUUUACUCUCCGGUCGCUCGGUAUAUCCAACAAUAUCCUCCAUCUACCCUUCUAACAUUUUGCUAUCCGGAUAUUUCCUUUAUGUCUUCUUUCAAUUCUCGUCAUUAUUUUCAACCCCAUCCCUGUUGCUUUUGGGUUAGCACCCGAACGGGGAUUAUUCUAUUUGUUUUAUUGCUCUGGAGUACCCAUGCUGCUUAAGCCCUCAUACUGCCUACCUACUCAUUCACCCUCUUAUUUGAUACUUACUUCCCCUUCUGUCUCCCUCACAUAAAUAUUUUUUGUAAUCGUAUUAUAUAAUCCCUGUGUGUUGUUUUCAUAAGUUUAGCUUGUCUUUUCUUUUCGCUUUUUUAAUGUUCGUAUUAUUAUUAUUAUUAUUAUGUAGAUUAGAUGAAAUAUUAAAUACAUGAAUUAAUGGUUCAAAAGAAAAGCGAAAAGAGA